GUUGUUACUAGAUUUACGAGAAAGUGAAACUAACUUGAUCUGCAACCAUAUGGACUCCUGAAACGAUCAGAACAACAGAAUACUGAAUCGUUCAAAGAACCUUGUAGACACACCUGAUACUCACAGGCUUGAAGACUUAAAGAACAAUGGCAGAAUCUUCACCAACAUCAACAAAAGCAAGAAAAGCCAGGGGACUAAAUUUAGACCAUAAACCGCCAUUCAUGUCGUCCUCCAUUAGUUCACUGACUGAGGAGCUUCAGUGCUCUAUAUGUCUGGAUGUGUUCACUGAUCCAGUCAGCAGUGGACACAACUUCUGCAAGACCUGUCUGAAUGAACACUGGGACAACAGCCAGACCUGCAGCUGUCCAUACUGUAAAGAAACAUUCAAGCAAAGACCUGAUCUCAAGAUUAAUACCACACUCCAAGAGAUUGUAGAUCACUAUAAAAAGAAAAGUCCUGAGAAAAAGCCUGAAGUUCUGUGUGACAUCUGUGAGGAAAGAAAGCUGAAAGCCCUGAAGUUGUGUCUUUCGUGUCAGAGAUCUUACUGUGAAACUCACCUGGAGCCUCAUUUGAGAGUGACACGUUUGAAGAAACACAAACUGAUGGAUCCUGUGAAUAAUCUGAAGGACUAUAUAUGUCAGAAACAUGAGAGUCCUCUGCAUCUGUUCUGUAGAGAUGAUCAGAUUUAUGUGUGUUUGAUCUGCUCUGUGAAAGACCACGAGAAUCACAACACUGUUCCUAUAGAAGAGGAAAGUGAAGAGAAGAAGACUGAGCUGAUGAAGAUACAGAAAGACCUGCAGCAGAUGAUCCAGGACAGAAUCAAGAAGAUUCAAGACAUCAAACACUCAGCAGAAGUCAGAAAAGGAUUUUAUACUGAAUUGCUAGAGAUGAUGGAGGAGCAGCAGAAAGCAGCAGAGAAACAGGAGGAAGAGCUGAUUGAAGAGCUGGAGCAGGAGAUCACUGAGGUAAAGAUGAGAAACACUGAGCUGAAGCAGCUCUCACACACUGAAGAUCACCUCCACCUCCUGCAGGUCAGAUUCACUUCAUCCCUGUGCAGCCCUAGAAACACCAGGAACUGGUCUGAGAUCAGUAUUAAGACUCAUGAGAGUCUGGAGACUUUGAGGAGAGAUCUGACUCAACUGAAGGACACUAUAGAUGAGAAACUCACACUACCUGUCUCUACAGAGCUGAAGUGGAUGCAGCAGUAUGCAGCGGAUGUGACUCUGGAUCCUGAUACAGCUCAUCCUGAUCUUAUUCUGUCUGAUGAUAGAAAACAACCGUCCGGUCUGAGCGGCCCUCGUCAUUCUGGUCAAGUUCACUGCGGGAAGGAGCCACGGAAGAUUUUCACGAGUGUUUCCCUCACUGAAGCGUCGCAGCUGAAUAAAGCGAAGAAGGUAUGGAAACCAUCAGGGAAGCACAGCAGCUGCGCUGAUGAGGGCAAGUCUGAACUCUUGAAGACGCAGGAGCUGUUCAAAUGCGUGUGGAGUGUAUUGAAUCAACUGACGCCACAGAUGUUCCAGCCGCUGAUGAAGAGCUGUAGGACGGAACUGACCACCAACACAGAGGAGCGCCCUGAAAGGAGGAUCCACCUCAUCUAUGAGAAGGCCAUCUCUGAGCCCGACUCCUCUGAAGCCUGCGCCAACAUGUGCCGCUGCCUUAUGGGGCUGAAAGUUCCCACCACGGAGAAACCUGGAGUGACGGUGAAUUUCAGGAAGCUGCUGCUGAAACAUUGUAAGAAAGAGUUUGCGAAGGAAAAAGAUGAUGAAAUGUUUGAGAAGCAGAAGGAGCUGGAUGCUGCUACAGGGGAAGAGGAGAAGCAGAGGUUGAAGGAGGACCUUGAGGACGCCAAAGAAAAAGCCUGCCGACGGUCUCUAGGCAUCAUCAAGUUCACUGCCGAGCUGUUCAAGGUGAAGAUGCUGACUGAACCCAUCAUGCACGACUGCAUCGUCAAACUGCUGAAGAGACACAACGAGGAGAGUCUGGAGUGUCUCUGCUGCUUGCUGUCCACCAUCUGGAAACAUCUGGACCACGAGAAGGCCAAGCCCCGAAUGGAUCAAUAUUUAAACCAGAUGAGAAUUAUUAAGGAGCGGAAAACCUCUUCCAGAAUUCGCUUCAUGCUGCAGGGCGUUCUUGAUUUACGACAGGCAAAACCGGGUGUGUGAUUAUUUACUUUCUUAUUUCUUAUUCCUGGCAUUAUUGUGAACAGUUCAUUAAUUCACAUUAUUCUAAAAUAAAAUGUUUGGCACCUUAAUCUUUUAAUUAAAAUUAAAUAACUUGAAACUAAGGUUAAACAUUUUGGAAUAUAAAGAUUUUUUUAAUGUUUUUGAAUGAAGUCUCCUCUGUUAACCAAGGCUGCAUUUAUUUGAUAAAAAAAUACAGUAAAAAUUGUGAAAUAUUAUUAUAA